AUGGAUACAAAUGGUAAAGCCGCAAAAACUGGUGGAGAUAUAAGCAUGACGGAGAACAAGAAAGCACCCAGUGACGUCAUUAUAAACAUCAGUGAAAAAGAUUUAAAAUUACCAAAUUCUGAUGCUUCUAAGGAUCAUAAAUCUAAACUUUCAGCAGAUUCACCUCGUAGAACAUCGCAUGAUUCGCCUUACAGUGCUCAUAAUGCGGGGCCAAUGAGUUGCUCUUCACCAGAUGUGGGGUUCAGUCCCAGUGCAAACAGGCCUCCAAAAAUCCCAUCUGAUACACUUAGUAGACGAAAAUCGUUUUCAAGGUCAAUUUACUCAAAGCCAAAAUCAAGAUUUGGUGAACAAUCUGUACUCCUCGAUACUAAGAUGUUUGAAGAAAAUGGAUCUUCAAUGCAAGAACAUGUAAUAUCAAGUCGGGGUUCGCCUAUUAAUAGAAUUGAUGCUAAUAGUACUAGUACUAAGGAGAAUAUUAGGACAUUGUCAAUAACACCUAAGACGCCCUUGAUGUCAUCACCUGGUGGUUUCAGAGGUGUGGACGAGGAUGAGGAGAUAUAUAAUAGAGUGAACAGUAGAAAGAAGUUGAGGUACAGGAAAGUGAAAGCUAAGGUUUUGGUAGAAUGGUUGUUGUUUCUCUGCAUCGUUGGGUGUUUAAUUGCUAGCUUAACUGUUGAUGAGAUGCAACAUUGGAGGCUUUGGGGUUUAAGAAUUUGGAAAUGGUGUGUGCUUGUUUUGGUUACCUUUAGUGGCAUGUUGGUUACUAAAUGGUUAAUUCAUUUUGUUGUUUUGUUGAUUGAGCUCAACUAUUUACUGAAAAAGAAGGUCUUGUAUUUUGUUUAUGGCCUGAAGAAGAGCGUUCGGGUCUGUAUCUGGUUGAGUUUGGUUCUUGUCACUUGGGUUUUGCUAUUUCGAGAAGGGGUUGAGCGAACCCGUCUGACCACCACAAUUUUGGAUUAUAUUACCUGGACUAUUGCUUCGUUACUCAUUGGUUCGUUCUUGUGGCUCUUGAAGACUUUACUGCUAAAGAUAUUGGCAUCUUCAUUCCAUGUCAACUCCUUCUUUGAUAGGAUUCAAGAAUCUAUCUUCCACCAGUACAUUCUAUUCACCCUAUCUGGCCCCCCAGUCAUGGAGUCAGCUCAGAUGUUGGGGAAAACAAACAGUAAUGCAAGUCAAUUCAGUUUUCGUGUGACAAAGAAGGGGAAGGAAGGAAAGGAAAAGAAGGAGAAAGAGGUGAUUGAUAUCAACAAACUCCAUCGGAUGAAGCAAGAAAAAGUUUCUGCUUGGACCAUGAAGAUGUUAGUUGAUACGAUAUCUAAUUCAGGUCUCACCACUCUUUCAAGUGCAAUCGAUGAAACUGUCUAUGACAGAGGUAACGAACAGACAGAUAAGGAGAUUACCAAUGAGGAGGAAGCAAUUGCUGCUGCAUAUCACAUCUUCAGGAAUGCAGCUCAGCCUGGUUGCAACUACAUUGAUGAAUUCGACCUAAGGAGAUUCAUGAUUAAAGAAGAGGUGGACUUUGUAUUCCCAAUUAUUGACAUGGCUGAUACUGGACAGAUUGACCGGAAAGCUUUGACAGAAUGGGUGGUGAAAGUUUACAAAGGUCGCAAAGCACUAGCGCAUGCUCUGAAUGAUACAAAAACUGCUAUAAAGCAAUUGAACAAGCUAGUUACAGUGAUCCUAGUAGUCGUUAUCGUAAUAGUGUGGCUUCUCUUGACUGGAAUAGCUACAACCAAAGUGCUCGUCUUUCUCUCAUCACAGCUUGUUCUGGCAGUAUUUAUAUUUGGAAACAGUUGCAAAACUGUUUUUGAAGCUAUUAUAUUUGUAUUUGUAAUGCAUCCUUUUGAUGUGGGCGAUCGUUGUGUUAUCGACGGUGUUCAGAUGAUUGUGGAAGAGAUGAAUAUCUUGACAACAGUCUUUCUAAGAUUUGAUAAUGAAAAAAUAUACUAUCCAAAUUCUGUUUUGGCGGCCAAACCUAUCAGCAAUUUCUAUAGAAGCCCGGAUAUGGGUGAUUCACUGGAGUUCUGUAUUGAUUUCAAGACACCACUUGAGAAAAUAGGUGAUCUGAAAGAUAAAAUAAAGAAGUAUUUAGAGAAAAAUCCACAACAUUGGCAUCCUAACCACAGUGUAGUCGUGAAGGAGAUUGAAAAUGAUCAGCAGAUGAUUUUAUCUUUUAACUCCAUAACAGGUGAUGCCAGAGUAUUUUUGUCAUGCACCUAUAGAAAUGCUGAACUGGAGAACUGCUUCUUGAUAGAGAAGACCAUUGUGGGAAUAACUGCAGAGGCUUUGGCUGCCUGCUUGGUGGUGCCAGAGGUGGCUGGAAAUGGCGUCACUACAUCUCUUAUGAACUUCUUGCUUAGCAAUAUGUCUGGUGGAGUUUUGCUUGGGGCCAUUCUUGGUGCUGUGAUUGGUGUAUCAAACUUCGAUCCAGUCAAGAGAAGUGAAAAAAUUUGUUUGAGCAUUCCUCAUAAUUUUGGAACCAAAAAUGACAUCAACCCAUUUUACGUUUUACAAGGAUAA